GUAAAUCUCAAAACUCUUAUCGCUUAAUUUGUAAAGUUAUAAAAAAAUAGCGUUUUUAAGUAGUUAAGAAUAUAUCUUAUGAUUUAUUUUGAAAGUUAAUGUAACUGCAUUGUUUGUAAAGUUAUACUAUAUCUACAUAUGAUACUUCAUAAGGCUGAGAAUGCAGUCCAUGUUGGAUAUAAUCAAAACAGAUAGAGGAACCAUUCAUGUGGGUAUUGAAUGCAGAAAAAACACCGACGCUGUUCUUGUAACAUUACAUGACAUAGGUCAAAACCAUGCUACUGCAUUUGAAUCUUUUUUUUCUUUUGAACCAUUUAAGCCGGUUCUUGAAAACUUUACUGUGUAUCAUCUAAAUUUUCCUGGACAACACGAAAAAGCCGACAUUUUACCAGAGGAUUACGUGUAUCCGACCAUGGAUGAAAUGACUGAUAUGGUGAAGGAGGUACUUGACUCUUAUAAUCUUCAAAAUUGCGUAUGUUUUGGAAUAGGAGCUGGGGCAAAUGUAUUUACUCGCUUAGCUUUAAAACACCCAAGUUAUGUUGAGUGCUUAAUUGCAAUAAAUGGCGUUCUUAGUGCAUGCUCCUGGUUGGACUGGUCAUACGAAAAACUAUCAAGUUACUAUCUAAAAUCUAAAGGAAUGACUCAGUUUACCAUUGAUUAUCUUUUAUAUCACUACUUUGGAGGGAAAAAUAACGAUUGUUUAAACAGUAACAUAGUCGCUACGGUAACAAAUCAAUUGAGACUUUUCAAACACCCAAGAAAUCUUGGAUUAUUUAUGGAGUCAUACGCAAGUCGUUUGCCUAUUGUGUUACACAGACCUGUUAUUGGGGAAAAACCCACAAAUGCUUUAAAAUGUGGUGUUCUUUUAAUAACUGGUAAAUUUUCUCCUGCAGUUGAAGAAACAGUUGAAAUGAGUUCACAACUCGAUCCAAGAAAUUCAACUUGGAUGAAAAUUGAUGCUGCUUCAAGUAUGGUUUUAGAAGAACAGCCAAUCAGAGUUGUUAAUGCUAUUAUCCUUUUUGUGCAAGGCUAUGGUCACAUUGCUCGAGCAGUUCCGCCGUCUAUUCCACCCAUAAUACCGAGCAGCGUCUUCCAGGAAGUACUUGCUUUUAAAGAUACUUUUGUGUACGACAACCCGAAUAUCGAAGUAGAAGAAACUGUUGCACUAUGAGCAUGGUCAUUCAAAGAACUUUAUUUUAAACUCUAAUUGGUGCAUAUGCCAUUGCAUAUUUUAUACCUGCCCUUUUUUAAUUUUAUACCUGCCUUUUUUUAAUUUUAUCUUAGUUUAAAGACUAAAUUUAAAGUCUGAUUAAAAUAAUUAAUGUUAUUUUAAACAUCUUGUUUAUUGUUUUUUAAAGGUAAGAAAUAUGUUUUUUUUU